AGGAUAGUAACUAGCCGCUACCCUAGCAACAGUCGACUGCUGCGCAAAUUACAGGCAAUCUGCUAGACAGCACUAAUUGUGAUUUCCCCCUUCGCAGGCGAUAUACUGGGCGCCUAAAUGUGAGGACAUUGACUGGCGCGUAAUUCAACUCUAGGCAAAGACAUUCUUCUUCACUUUUUAUUAUUCUCGCUCGUAGAAUUUAGCGGUUGGACUUUGAACUAGGUACUGAAUCUAUGAGAUUGCGAGGUUUCACGUUGUGCUUUAUUUAAGAGUAUCAACAGCCAAGCUGUGUGACAUGAAGCUGAAAGGGAAAAAUGCCCGCUCCCUGCAACAGACCGAAGAGUGCGGGGUUUGGCUGGACACUGCUGAGUUAAAAAGGAAACCCACGCAGACUGUGCUUCCCAAUUCUUCCUCGGUCAGAUUUCAUCCUUUCUCAAGGAGAAAACCAUUUGAGUUGGCUGCAUUUGAUUUCACUCAAACAAAAACGCCCCAGCCAUGUACCAAGCAGACAUCCAUGCACUACUACUUCACAAAAGCUGGCAACACGAAUGAGGUACUGAAGAAAAAAUGCAAAAUGAUAGAUCAUCUUCCUACAGUAACUGCAAGUGUCCACGAAAAAGAUAUAAGAGAAAAUACACAUGAAAAUUCAAAUACAGUUCAUCCUUUCUCUGACACAAUGUGCCCACUAGGAAGUACAGGUGCAAUAGUAUUCUUGAAGGACGAUAAUAGUAUGAAUAACCCAGCUGAAGAUCAAGAAUCUCCUGAUUCAUGUGAAAGACAUACAGACAUGGAGCAACCAAUCACUGGGGAGCAUGGAAGUGAUAUGCUGGAAAAUUUGAAUCCAUCUCAAACCAGUUCUUUUAGAUGUGAUUCAUUAUUUAAAAGACAGAAUGAUGUGCAAAUCACUCUUUCCUGUGCCACUAGUUGCAGAGAUGUGGAAAAAAGAGGAAAUGCUUCUUGCAAUCUGUUGGAUUUACCUUUAAAAUGGUGUUCCAAUGAAAAGUCUGAAAAUGAACAAGAUGACUUGCAUAAUUCUGUAGCAACAAGCCAGCUUUUCACCCAGGAUAGCCAGGGAAACAGGGUGAUUUCUCACUAUUGGAAGAAGCAAAACUCAUUUGUUCCUCUUCAGGACAUGACAAACACACGCCGGGAUUUAUCGAGUAAAUCCAGUGACUUACUGUCAUGCAAUGACUACUCUUUGCAAAGGAUGUUUACCCAGGACUCCGAGGGAAAUGUUGUUAUUAAACACUGACCGACAUCUGUGCAAGAAUGUAGGGACCCAUCACCCAGCUGUAUAAUAAAAUUCACUUUCAAAUUAAA